AUGAUUUUCUGGGCAAUUUUUGCCGGGGUUUUGAGUUUGGCUAACUGCGAAACGUCGUGCGAAAAAUGUUUGGAUAGUGGGAAACAGUGAGUGAUUUGGGGGGAAUUGGGGAGACCUUAAGGGGCUUUAGGGAAGUUUAAGGAUAACUUCUCUAAGAAAUGGGAUUUUUAAGGCGUUCUUAAAAGUUUAUUUAAGGUUUUAAAGCCCUAAAUCUUCUUAAAAUCCUUAAGAGCUUAUUUAAAUCCUACCUGAAGUCCCUUAAAAUGUUGCUAAAGCCCUAAAACAUAGGAAAAAGAUUUUUGAAUGCACCUGAAGUUAGGAAAACUCAAAAAUCUUUCCAGUUGGUGUGCCGAUGUCAAAAUGUGCGCAUUUUCACCCUGUCUAACCGUCAUCAAAAAAUCGCUAAACUGCCCCACUUUACCCGACAAAUCGCACGCCUAUGAUGAUGGAUUUGUGAGGGAAAAGGUGUUUUUGACGACGUGUGCUGCUUUCAGGGACGAUCCGCAGAAGUGUUUUGAGUAAGUUGUCAAGGGGCGGCUGCUAGAGGACUCUGAGACUUCUCAAGGAGCCAACCCUUGACCCCCCCUGCAUAGCUGUCAAGUAGCCAACCCUUUCCAGCAAUAAAAUGUCAACAAUGCGCGUCUCCUCGACAUUUUCCGUCAACUGCUCAGCAAUCGGCCCACAAUCCAAUUGUUUCGCCUUCACCGCCUUUGACGUCACUCAAAAAGUUCUGGUUUUGACUUUUCGCGGAACCGAAGGCGCCAUUCAAAUGACCGAUGAGAUUCUCGACUUUUUUGGCGGGAAAAAGAGUUUGGGAGCGGCUGGCAAUAUUUUUGGCUAUUUUUACGAUGCCUUCUUUUUUGUUUGGAAUGGCGGAUUGCAACAGGAGAUGCGGAAAUUGAAGUAUAUGUAUGGGGAUUUUGAGUUGUGGGUGAGUAGAGGAAGCUUGCGGACCCUUGAGACAUCUUAGGCUGUCAAGGAGCGACGCCUAGACAUCCAGGUUUAAUUGCGAAGGGUUGGCUGCUUGAGGGCUCUCAUUUUAGUCAAGCAGCCGACCCUUGGCACCUGCAUUUAGCAGUAAAGGAGCGGUGCCUAGACAUCUAGGUUUAAUUGCCAAGGGUUGGCUGCUAGAGGGCUCUCAUUUUAGUCAAGCAGCCGACCCUUGAGAUAUAUUAGGCUGUCGAGGAGUGGUGCCUAGACAUCCAGGUUUAGUUGUUAAGGGUUGGCUGCUAGAGGGCUCUUAUUCUAGUCAAGCAGCCGACCUUUGAGACAGCUUAGGCUGUCUAGGAGCGGUGCCUUGACAACCAGGUUGUCAAGGGUUUGCUGCUUGGGGGCUCUCAUUCUAGUCAAGCAGCCGACCCUUGACUCCUGCAUUUAGCUGUCAAAGAGCGACGCCUAGACAUCUAGGUUUAAUUGCGAAGGGUUGGCUGCUUGAGGGCUCUUAUUUUAGUCAAGCAGCCGACCCUUGACUUCUGCAUUUAGCUGUCAAGGAGCAAUGCCUAGUCAUGAUUUUCCUCCAGAUAACCGGUCACUCAUUGGGCGGUUCAAUGGCCUCAAUCGCCGCCUCGCAUCUCGUCCAAAUCGGUCUCUUCAAACCGGAAAACAUCAAAUUAGUCACAUUGGGUCAACCGCGAACCGGCGACUAUGCGUAUGCCACGUGGCACGACGCCACCUUCCCCUACUCGUUCCGCGUCGUUCAUCAUCGCGAUCCGGUUCCGCACAUUCCGCCGAUGGAGGGAAAAGACGAGCUGUUCCAUCAUCGCACUGAAGUCUGGUGAGUUCCGCGCGGACAGCUUCCGCGUCGCGGAAAAGUUACGUUAACCGUUUCAGGUACAACAACAAUAUGACUGUUGGCUCGAGUUACAAAUUGUGCGCGGAAGCCGACGGAUUGUAUUGCAGCAGCCGGAAUUUGGACGCGGAGCCCAAUGAUCAUAUGACAUAUUUUGAUGUGCAAAAUAUGCAAGAUUAUGGUUUGGCUGGUUGUGUUUAA